AUCACUUGCGUUGUUCUGUUACUAGCCGUGGCAGCCUACGCUGUACCACAAGCUUAUGAAGGCGGUCCCGGUGGUGGUCAUGGCGGUGGUCAUGAAGGCAGUCACGGUCAUGACUUAGGUCAUGGCGGUAGUCAUAAGGGCAGUCACGGGAGCGGUCAUGACAGUGGUCACGGCGGCAGUCACGGCGGCGGUCAUAACAGCAAACACGACGGCGAUCACGGCGGCAGUCACGGCGGCAGUCACGGUGGUGGUCACGGUAGCAGUCACGGCGGCAGUCAUGAUAGCAAACACGACGCCGGUCACUAUGGCGGUCACCACGACAAACACAGUAGCGGUCACAAAGGCGGUCACAAAGGCGGUCACAGUAGUGAAAGUAUUGAAAGUAGUGAAAGUAGUGAAGAAAGCCAUGGUCAUUCUGGAGGACAUGUCGAACAUGGUGGAUUCGAGCAUGAAAAGCAUCAUGGUAGUCAUAAACAUUACAAAGGACACGGUCAUUGAUACCAAAUACACGAAUAUUAUAAGAAAUUUAAAAUCACUAGCAAGUGACCUAAAAGUAACAUGA